UGUCAAUUACACAUUCAAAAUUGUCGUAGAAGAAGUAGCAAAAUUCCGAGUUUACUUUAAUAAUUUACCUAGUAAAUUAAGUUGGAGUUCUGUUAAUAUGUUAAAUUCAUCGACUUAAUUUUGUAAUAUUCAAUUAGUGCUUUGUCAUUUCUAUGAUUUGUGAUAGAAUUGCAAGGCAAUGUCCCACAUUAACGACCUAAUCGGCGUAGUACGGGGCCUGAGGUUAGUUGUGGAGGCCGGAGUCAAACUCCAGCGGGAAAAUGCUAGAAUCAUCUGGAAUAACUCCACCAUUAAGGCUUUCGCUCAAACCUGUCCAACUAACCCCAUAUCUAACAUCAAAGUUAGCCCGGACUUUGGCAAAGAGCUGUUUGACCGGGCUUCCAUUGUCGCUCAAGGGUUCCGACAGUAUGCAGUAAUGAAUGUCCCCAAUUUUACAACGAAUCCAGAGACUAAAGCUGCCAUGGAUCCAAAGUUGCAAGAGGAGAUAGAGGAGCUUAACCGGGAGUUCAACCGGACCUUUGAAAGUUUGGAAAAAGCUCAGUUACGAACGGAACAGCUGAAUGAUAGAAUUCAAGUUCCGUUAGAGAAUGUAACUGUGCGGAAGGUUGAGACUCGUACUCCUGAAAUCCUAACUGAAAUUAAGCCGAGCAGUGUGAGCAGUUCAGGAAAGCCAAAGCCGGUUGCCAAGAAAAAGAUUAGAGUAGCACUAAGCGAGAACUCAAAAGCCCGCGUAGUCCCAUCGUCCCGCCUCGGGCGAAUGUUCUCGUUCGGGUCGCUGGCCGCCGGGCUGGGGGUCGGCGCGGUGGCUCAGUACGCGCGCAACACCAUCCAGUCCGUCACGGGCAACACGGACGACUCCGCUAACGCGUUCCUGUCGACCGCCAACGCUGAGCGGAUUGUGGACACGCUGUGUAAAGUCAGAGGGGCGGCGCUGAAACUUGGGCAACUGCUGAGCAUCCAGGACGAGUCGGUGAUAUCUCCAGAGUUGCAGCGCAUAUUCGAGAGAGUGCGGCAGUCGGCAGACUUCAUGCCUGCCUGGCAAGUGGAACAGGUGAUGGCGGCCCAGUUAGGAGCGGAGUGGCGAACAAGAGUGCAGCAUUUUGAAGAUAAACCAUUUGCGGCCGCCUCUAUAGGCCAGGUACACCUGGCGGUACUGCACAACGGCAUGGAGGUGGCCAUAAAGGUGCAGUAUCCCGGCGUAGCGAAGGGCAUCAACAGCGACAUUGACAACCUCGUUGGCGUACUCAAGGUGUGGAACGUGUUCCCAAAGGGGAUGUUCAUAGACAACGUAGUUGAGGUGGCCAAGAAAGAGCUGGCUUGGGAGGUGGACUACCGCCGCGAGGCCGAAUGCACCAAACGGUUCAAGACUCUCCUAGCGCCCUACCCUGAGUACUUCGUGCCCGAUGUUGUAGACGAGCUCUGCGCGCAAGAAGUGAUAACGACCGAGCUAAUAGACGGCGUACCUCUAGACAAGUUCUUCGACGCUCCGUACGACACCCGGCACGACAUCGCUUACAAGAUCAUGCAGCUCUGCUUGCGGGAGAUGUUCGUGUUGCGCUGCAUGCAGACCGACCCCAACUGGGCCAAUUUCUUCUACAACCCCAACACUAAACAGGUGAUCCUCCUAGACUUCGGCGCGACCCGCGAGUACUCCAAAGAGUUCAUGGACCAGUACAUUGAGAUCAUUAAGGCGGCGUCCGACGGCGACCGCGGCGCCAUCUUGCGGAUGUCCAAGGAGAUGAAGUUCCUCACCGGAUACGAGUCCAAGAUAAUGGAAGAAACCCACGUGGACACGGUCAUGAUAAUGGGCGAAGUAUUCACCAGCACCUCAGGUGAGUUCGACUUCGGCACCCAACGCACCACCCGCCGGAUACAAGCGUUAGUCCCCACCAUACUGACGCACCGCCUCUGUCCGCCGCCCGAAGAAAUAUACUCGCUACACAGGAAAUUGUCUGGGGUGUUCCUGCUGUGUUCGAAGAUGAAAAUUAGGAUGAAUUGUAGGGAUAUGUUCCAGGAGAUAUAUGAGCAGUAUAAGGAUAGGUAA